AUGGCGGCACCACAAGAUGGAUAUCCGGGCCAAGCUUACCCUCCUCAAGAUCCAUAUGCACAACAAAGUCCGGCGCAACCAGGUUUUGAACAAUCGGCGACAUCUCCUCCACCACAUGGUGGAAAUCCAGGAGUAGAUGGCGGAAAGAAGAAGAAGAGGGGCUAUGCGACACAAGCUUAUGAUUUCGGACAAGGUGCAAAUUCGGCUUUAGGAGGACAAACACAUGGCACUGCUCAAUUUCAACCCGCACAAGCACCUGCUGCAUACGGCGGUUAUCAAGCUCAACCAGAUCCAGCAGCUGCAUAUGGAAUUCCGCAGGGUGGAAUGGUCGGGGCACCUCAAGGGGGUUUUGCUCAACCGCAGUAUGGCAGCGGCGUCGGGGGCUAUCAACCUCCUGAUGCUGGAUACCCGGGUCCAGGUGCACCUGUUUCCCCUGGUGUAGCGGGCAUUACACAGGGAAUGGGACAAAUGGGCAUGGGCGGACCACAACAACCUAUUGCGGCUCAAGCUCGUCCUGGUGCUCCAGCUCAGGUUGCUUUGAAUCAGCUUUAUGCUACAGAUCUCGUCAAUCAACCUUUCAAUGUUGCAGAAUUGGAUUUACCUCCUCCCCCGAUCAUUUUACCUGCAAAUUCAAGUGUUACCCCUUCCCCAAACGCAAAUUGCCCACCAAAAUAUGUUAGAUCGACUUUGAAUGCCGUUCCUACAACCAAUUCCCUCCUCAAGAAAUCGAAACUUCCUUUCGCAUUAGUUAUACAACCAUAUACUUCAUUGCACGAUGUCGACGAUCCAGUACCAGUUGUUCAAGAUCAAGUCAUUUCACGUUGUAGAAGAUGUCGUUCUUACAUCAAUCCAUAUGUUUCAUUCCUCGAUCAUGGUCACAGAUGGAGAUGUAAUAUGUGUAAUCUCACAAACGAUGUUCCACAAGCUUUCGACUGGGAUGCAGCCGCACAGCAAAGUGUUGAUCGAUGGCAACGACCGGAGCUUAAUCAUGCAGUUGUGGAAUUUGUCGCACCACAGGAAUACAUGGUCAGACCUCCACAACCGCUUGUCUAUCUCUUCCUGUUUGAUGUCAGCUUUGCUUCUGUAUCUUGUGGCUUGUUGGCUACUAGUGCUAGAACUAUUCUCGAUAGUCUUAACAGGAUACCAAAUGCGGAUCGAAGAACACGGGUUGGAUUUAUGGCUGUGGACUCAAGCUUGCACUACUUCCAAGUCCCAAAAGACACAGAAGAAAAUGGAGAAACUAAUAUGCUUGUUGUCAGUGAUUUGGAUGAACCAUUCCUUCCUGUUCCUCAAGAGCUAUUGGUUCCAUUGUCUGAGUGCAGGAUGAAUGUUGAGAAAUUCCUCAUGACUCUUCCUCAAAUGUUUCAAUCCAACACAAACAACGGAUCAUGUAUGGGAUCAGCUCUUCGUGCUGGUCACAAGCUUAUUUCACCUCUUGGUGGAAAGAUUGUUGUAAUCACUGCUUCUUUACCUAAUGUUGGAUAUGGCAAAUUAGAGAUGCGCGAAGAUAAGAAGUUAUUAGGUACCUCGAAAGAGAGUAGUCUAUUACAAACAGCCAACAGCUUCUACAAGAGUUUUGCGGUGGAAUGUUCAAAGAACCAAGUUUCUAUUGAUAUGUUCUUAUUUUCAUCGCAAUACCAGGAUGUUGCUUCUCUUAGCAACCUUCCAAGGUACACUGGUGGACAAACCUAUUUCUACCCAGGAUGGAACGCUGGAAGAAGUGAGGAUGCCAUCAAAUUUGCUACAGAGUUUAGUGAUUACCUAUCUGCUGAGAUUGGUCUUGAGGCAGUAUUACGUGUUCGUGCUACCACCGGUCUUCGAAUGAGCACUUUCUAUGGUAACUUCUUCAACCGAAGUUCAGAUCUCUGUGCCUUCCCAGCUUUCCCCCGCGAUCAAAGUUAUGUUGUUGAAGUCGCAAUUGACGAAUCUCUUACGAAGAAUUUUGUGUGCAUGCAAACUGCUGUCUUGCAUACCACAAGUAAUGGAGAGCGUCGUAUUAGAGUCAUGACUUUGUCAUUACCUACAACAACUACCCUUCAAGAUGUUUACGCAUCUGCUGAUCAAUGCGCAAUUACUACUUUCUUCAGUCACAAGGCUGUUGAACGUGCAUUGAGUGGUGGACUUGAACCUGCACGUGAAGCUCUUCAAUCUAAAUUGAUUGAACUUCUUCAAACUUUCAAGAAAGAGCUUGCCGGUGGAAAUAUGGGAGGUGGCGGGCUUCAAUUCCCCGCCAACCUACGUGGAUUACCAGUUCUAUUCCUUGGUCUUAUCAAGAAUGUUGGACUUCGAAAAUCAGCUCAAAUCCCAUCGGAUCUAAGAUCUGCGGCUCUUUGCCAAUUGUCUACACUUCCUCUUCCACUUUUGAUGCAGUACAUCUAUCCACGUCUUUACUCAUUACAUGAUAUGCCAGACAAUGCCGGUAUUCCCGACCCAGAAACAAAUCAAAUUGUCCUUCCGCCUCCUAUGAACCUCUCUUCGGAACGUCUCGUACCAUUCGGUCUCUACCUCAUCGACGAUGGCCAAACACAAUUCCUCUGGGUAGGCCGCGAUGCUGUCCCACAACUUCUCGCUGAUGUAUUUGAUGUUUCUGAUCGAACGAAACUCAAGGUUGGAAAAUCUACUCUACCGGAAUUGGAUAAUGAUUUUAGUGAGAGAGUCAGGAAUGUCUUCCAGAAAGCGAGAGAUUAUAGGAGUAGAGGUGUUGGUAGUAUCGUGGUACCACAUUUGUAUGUGGUCCGUGAAGAUGGUGAACCAAGUCUGAAGUUAUGGGCACAGACGCUUUUGGUGGAGGAUAGAGCGGAUCAGGGAAUGAGCUUCCAGCAAUGGAUGGGGAUGAUGAGGGAAAAGGUUAGUUCUUAA